AUGUGGUCGAAAACCGUCACUUUUACUGUUUACCUGUGGCUGCUGGCCGUCGCCGAUUUCCAAUUAGCGUUCGCAGCCCAAGAGGCCACGCACGAAGACAUCAGAACGGCAAUUUAUUCAUUCGCGCACUCGUUGCGCGAUAACGUGGACAAAUUGGAGAGACACGAACGGCGAGAGAAACAAUCGGGUGAUCAAAUGCAAAACAUGCUGUUGACGAUCGUGAACAAGCAGAGGGAUCAGUUCGUAGAAGACAAGGAACUCGAGACGGCCAUCAAAAGAUUGGAAGAGAGUAUGAGGGCAUUGACGAGAGCAGAAACAGAAGAGACUGCCGAUAGAGACAGCACGAAUCUUAUGUUGGAGAAAUUGGACAAGCUUAUCGUUUCUGGUGAGGCUGAGGUCAAGUCUAUGUUGAAAGAGGAACAAAAGUCCACCAACCAACUGUACCAGGCCUUCGACAACAAGCUGACUACUAUGUCGGAACAAAUCAGUGCGUUACAGUCCCGAUUUGAUUCUCUGGAACAGGCUCCCAAGUCCAACGUGACGAACGACGUCAUCUUUGAACUGCUGAACAAAAUUAUCGACCAGAGUUCCCAAAACAAAGAAACUGUGUCGGAGCCCGCGAACGCCACAUCUCAGCUGGUGCAAGAGACCAGACACGUGGUCAUGGAGGCGGUCAAGUCUUUGUCGGACCGGAUGGACGACGGCGAGCGGAAGCGCGCGGUGUCGGACGCCAAGCUGACGGAAGUGGCCGAGUCGGCCACCACGUUCCACGACGAAGUGCAGAACAGCUUCCGGUUGAUGUCGAACGAGGUGAAGACACUGUCGGACGUGGAGAAAGUGCUGGUGCAGACGGCGGACAACGUUCUGGACACGAAGAGGAGGAUCGAGUACGGCACCCACCAGAUACUGAUGGAAGUGACAGCGGUGAUCAACGACCGGUCAAAGGAGCUGAACGACUCGGUGAACGCCGGCCUUGAACGGGUUUUGAAGACAGUGCUGGACGCGCAGUCCGUGGGCAUGGCCAACCUGAGCGUCAAGAUCGAAACGGAAAUCAGCCAGGUGUGGAGGCAGAUCGGAAUCAUGUACCAGACGCUCACCGACUCGGCUUCCACGCUGGCCACGCUCCAGCAGCAAACGGACAUGUUCGUCAACAGCACGGCCACGUCGGUGGAUGGCAUGAACGGAAAGGUGUCGGCGAUCGCGGGCCGCAUGACCGAGGUGGACGAGAACCUCAACUACCUGCUUGGACGGUUGUCGCUAGUCACGCAGGAGUUCAAGGAGAUCAAAGUCGGGCUGGGUGAAGCGCUGGAGAGCAUCAGGGUCGGGCUGCAGGCGGUUCAAGGCAACAAGGCGACAGCGGACCUAGGCCCCGGCCCGAACCCCAUCGACGAAGAGCCCUUGUCGGAAAACCUCAACCAGAACAUACUGUCGAAAACCGUUUACACGGUGACUUAA